ACACGGGUCCCUCGCGCCGCGGCCGCCGCGGCCGCCGCCGCCGCCGCCGCCGCCGCGCAGCCGAUGCCACUGCCACCGCCGCCGAUGCCACUGCCGCCGCCGAUGCCACUGCCGCCGCCGCCGCCGCGGCCGCUCGUCCGCCGCCCACCAUGGUCCCGCAGCAAACAGGUAGCAGGAAGCGGAAAGCGCCCGCCGAGAGCUCGUCGUCUCAGGGCUCCGCGGCGGACGCAGAGGGGCCGCUGCUGCCUAAGAAGCAGAAGCGGCCGGCGACGCGGCGCUCGCUGGUGCACUACCUCAUGGACCGCGAGGUGGGCGCUCUGGGCGGCGCCUGGCUGUCGGGCUCGAAGGGCGAAUUGCCCGGCUACGCGGUGCAGAAGCUGCCCGAACUCUUGAGGGAGCGCGAGCUGGCCCUGGGCACCCUCAACAAGGUGUUCGCGUCGCAGUGGCUGAACGCCAGGCAGGUCGUGUGCGGCACCAAAUGUAACACCCUCUUCGUGGUGGACGUGCACUCGGGGCAAAUCACGCGCAUCCCCCUGAUGCGGGACCGGGGGCCCUGGCUGGCCCGGGCCCAGCCGAGCUGCGGCAUCCAUGCCAUCGAGCUGAGUCCCUCCAAGACGCUUCUGGCCACCGGGGGAGAGAACCCCAACAGCCUGGCCGUCUACCAGCUGCCCACCCUGGACCCCGUGUGCCUGGGCGACCGCAACGGCCAUAAGGACUGGAUCUUCACCAUCGCCUGGAUGAGCGAUACAGUGGUUGUGAGCGGCUCCCGCGACGGCACUGUGGCUCUGUGGCAGAUGGACCCCGAUAUGUUCAAUGGCAGCAUCUCCUGGCAGAAUGACGCAGGGCUUCCUGUGUACACCCACAUCCGUCCGAGGGACAUGGAGACCAUCCCCAGGUCCAGCACCAGCCCCACUAACCACAAGGUGCGGGCCUUGGCCUUCAGCGGCAAGAACCAGGAGCUGGGAGCCGUGUCCCUGGACGGCUACUUCCACUUGUGGAAAGCCCGGAGCACUCUGUCCAGGCUGCUGUCCAUCAGGCUCCCCUACUGCCGUGACAAUGUGUGCCUGACCUACUGCGAAGAGUUGUCCCUGUACGCGGUUGGCUCUCAGUCCCAUGUCUCCUUCCUAGAUCCGCGCCAGGGUCACCAAAACAUCAGACCCCUGUGCUCCCGAGACGGCGGCAUGGGCGUGCGCUCGCUGAGUUUCUACCAAUACAUCAUCACCGUGGGCACGGGCCAUGGCUCCCUGCUCUUUUAUGACAUCCGUGCCCAGAAGUUCCUGGAGGAGAGGGCGUCGGGCAGCCCAGACUCCUGUCCUGGGCCCUCAGGAAGGAAGCUCAAGCUCACCUGUGGCAGAGGCUGGCUCAACCACGAUGACCUGUGGGUGAACUACUUUGGUCGUAUAGAUGAUUUCCCCAACGCGCUCUACACCCACUGCUACAACUGGCCUGAGAUGAAGCUCUUCGUGGCUGGAGGGCCUCUCCCUUCAGGCCUCCACGGGAACUAUGCAGGCCUCUGGAGCUAAGGAUGGCCAAUGUGUUCUCAAAGUGCCCAGAUUUACUUUCCAGUCCCCUCUCACUUUCUUCUUCACGCUGUGUUUUGUGCUUUUUAACUCAGUGUGGCAUUUGUCUUCCAGGUUGAAAGUGCCCAAUUUGCCUGUCCUUAGUGUAUGAGAGAGAGGGAGGUGUCCUUCAGGCAAUCAAAACUUGGCUUUAAUACCCUUUUACACCUUUGCAAACCAUCUUUUUGAAUUCACAUUACAAAGAGUUUUGGCUAACUCUUAGUUGUCUUUUUUGAGUUACAUAUUCUCUCUUUUUUUUUUAAUGUUUAUUUAUUUUUGACAGAGAGAGACAGAGCAUGAGCGGGGGAGGGGCAGAGAGAGAGAGAGGGAGACACAGAAUGUGAAGCAGGCUCCAGGCUCUGAG